UCUUUUUUUCCAGUAAUAGUGUGCUGUGACACUCAUGCCUGAUUUUGUAAGCAAGUAGGUCUUAAGUGAGGUGAUACUUGCGGGUAUGCAAGAGAAAUCAGACUCCUGAAAGGAGUCUAAUAGUCUGGAAAGGUUAAGAGCUACUGGUCCAAUAUAUCUCUGGUUGGUGAAACGGAAAGUACUAAAGACUUGGUCCAGCUCUUGUGAAAUGGACAUAGUCAAUCCUGAGCCUACUGUUGACCGGUGGCUUGGUGUAUUUGGACCUUUGAUCUCUCUGUACUGUUAGUUUCUCAGUUACGCCCUUCUCAGCAUGCUGCUUAAACAGUUGGUCAUACACCAGAAUUUUCCUUUGGACCAAUUUCUGCUGUUCUGGGUCACUUAAUCUCCCCAGAUGGUCAGUCGGGGUUGUAUAUUGGUCUCAAGUUAGCUGGUAGUAUGUUCAGAGGAGGGCCUCCUCUGAGAAAUGGUAACAAUUCAGGCAGAAGGAAGCUGAUCACUAGGACAAUAACUCACAAAUCAACACCAUAGCAUAUGUUGUGGUGUGUGUACAGGUAAGUGGCUUCUGUAGCCUUCAUCCCUGAGCAGUGAAGUAUAGAAAAUAAAUCUGAGAAGCCACCGAAGCAGUGACUAGUCCCAUAUAGGAAGGAAAUAGUAAAACAUUACAGCAGUGACUUCCAUCCAGUUUGUACUGUGAACUCUUGAAGACCUAAAAGUAAGUCUAAUGAAAGUGAUGUGAAUGCCUGUGCAUACUUGAGAGAAAUUGUAUAUGUGGGCAAGUGGCAUUAAUAGGCAUACUCUGGGUACAGAUGGUUCUUUAGCAUGCCAAAUAUGUGACGUAGGCACUGUGACUUAUUUCUGUAGGUAGGAUUGCUAAAAAUUAUGUCCAUAUCCCAUAGUUAGGUUCUUGAAGACUCAAGUUUUUCUGUUUAGCAUUUGUUCUUCACUCCCAUUCAAACCACAUUUUUCUAUACAUACUUAGCCUGUGCAUUGGCCAUCGCCAUCACUUCCCCUCUCCCCAUUAGAACCUCUGCAAGGUAAUUCAUAAACUCCAGCUCAGUCACACAGUUUACAGUUGUAAAAUCAGUGUGUUUACUUUUACCUCCUGAUGCAACAUAUUACAUAUAUUCCUGAUGUAGUGCUCAAUGUGAUAUUCAUUGUAUGUGUGGGCAUCUUGAAUCAAUACCCUCACUUAACUUUACUUUCUGUGAAGUGCUCUUGCUUCAUGCUGUUUCUCACCUGUUACACAUGUUGAAAGUGUGCUUAAUGGUUGCCUUCAAGAAGCAAUUAUUCUUGAAAAUCAUACCAUGAGACCUAGUAUAAGGCAAGCCUUGCCCACAGCUAGCACUCGCCUGACAUCUUCAACUUUUUCCCAGAUACUCAAUGUACUUCCUUUCCAACCUUCCAAAUUCAGUUUGUGGGUGUGCUUGUUGUAGCAUGUGAUGUUGCCACCAAGCAUUGUUUUUAACCAGGUCUUUUGGAGUGGUAUUCUCUAAAGAUUCAGCUACUAGUCAGUGUUCCAUCUUCCCAGUGAUGCUUAAAAAUGAUAGGGAAUUUUAAUUUCUUUUGGGAUUGUAAUUAUUAAAUGUAUGUUUUAUGUAACUGUGCAUACUGUUUGUGGAUGGAUUCUACUAAUUUCUAGCUGGAUGCUGAUAUUUUAACCAGUGCCUCAUUACAACUCUUGGCAUAAUAUACUAAGCUGAUAAUCAGUACCACUGAAUUGCUUCUUUUACUGAUAGCAAAUAAACUUAAAGCACUCUUUCCAUUAUAAUAAUUUUAUUUAUAUAAAUAAAUAAUAUAUAUGGUGUCAUGUUCUGAGCAUUAACUGAUAACACAAUACUGUCAGUUGAGGGCCACAGUUUAACUGUUUGUGCCUGCAUUAAAGUAUAAUUUAAAAAACAUUCAUUUUUAAACAUAUUUUCUCAUAUAUAUCUAUGUAAUUGUUCUAGGUUUGUCAUGUUUAGUACCAUUGUGUUCAUGAGAGAAAGAGCUUUCAAAUGAAACUGUAGUCAGUCCAUUUCCAAUGACCUUAAAGUAUCAAUUCCCACCAACAGAAGGACCUGGAGCUGGGAUAGAGAUGGGUCUCAUUCUCCCCACCCCCUGGAAGGUGAUAUAACUGAUUUUUUUUUUUUUUAAACCAAUCAUAAUUUCAAUCAAAUGACACCUUUAACCUUUCUAUCAUUAACAUGUCGACAGAAUUACAUAUGUUUCCAGCAGGAGCAACUCUAGUAUAAGUAGUUCAGGGAGCAAAGGUGUAACAAGCCAUUAUUGGGGGAGCAAGGAUUUUAUUACACAUACUUUAUAGAAUGGGGAUAAAUGUCUGACAAUUUACCACCUUAAGCUUGAUGUGCCUAUUGUGAGCAGCAGCAAAUCUGUUGACAGCUCUCUUCAGUUCAAGAGACUUCAGCUUAGCCGAUCACCUGUCAUGCAGUUCCUCAGGUGAUUUUUCACACAUGGAAGGCAUGAGAAUAUUCUCUCACAGGCAGCACUAGAUGGAGGAAUAAUCCCACCUAAUCACACACAAUUCAUACACAGCUAUGUACUCCCCAAACUUCAGGUAGCUUGAAAUAAUUUUCGGAAGCGAUUGUAAUGGCUUGAUUCCAUAUUUCAUCAGAUGCAUCUUCCAAAUCACUAAUGUUCAGAAAUUCACUGAUAUUAGUGUUCAUAGAUAAGCAUACCUGAGACAAGUCACACUCAGCUGCUUGCAAGUAGUCAGGUAACUUUAUUGUCCUCCUUUGGAUGUGAAGGAAAAUUCAACUUCUUAAAGUCAGUCUGCACUAACACCUUGUGCAUCCACUGCCCUGUCACCUCUUGACAUAUCUUGAUACAGCUAGUGACACAAGAAUGGAUUAAACUGUCUUUUUCACAGCAUUACAAGCAGAAACUUAUCAUGCCCAUUGAAUGUCACAACUUCAAUUCCAAAACUGUUUGGGUUGUACUUUCUUUUGAAAGGCUAUGAAUUUAGUGAGUAUAUCUGAUCCAGGAUGGGGGGGGGGAAUAUCCAAUGUUUUGUUUUCUUUGCAUACAUUAACAAUAAUUUGAGUCUGUGGUUGAAACAGUGAAUGUGCAAUGUUUGCUGUACUUCUUCCCUUAGGAACUUGCACACUAAAAUUUCCACUCAUAAUAUUGGCACCAUCGUAAGUCUGAGAAAUGCAGUUCUGUAUAUCAAUACCACACUGACCAUGUUCUUCACAUAUUUAAGGACUUUGCAUCAAGUGACUUGGCAGGAUGGAAACCAAAAAAUCUGUCAUACAGUGCUAUGCAAAUACCUCAAUGCAACUGUUUUGCUAAAAUCCUUAAUUUUGUCAACCAAUAUAGAGAAAAUAUUAGCCUUUCACUUCUUGGCUUAUGCAUUCAAGUAUAUUGUCAGGAAUGUUGAAUGAUUUCAUAUUGUAUUGAUGAAUGGGUGUAUUUUGCAUUGCAUGGUUCACUUUGUUUUCUUUAACACAUCAUUGUAUUUGGCUAUUAGUCAGAAGCUCCAGGAAGUUGUCCUUGUCAUUGCUGCUUUCUCUUUUUCUCUUUGAGCAAUCCCCCAGACUGCAGUGAGUUGCAGGACAUCUGUCACAACUUUGAUAUACAUACAUGCAGUUCUCUUGCAGUAAAUCAAAUGUGUGUCAGUAAUUUGUGACUGAACUGAAAGACCAUGUUUUGACUGAAUAUCUUCGAAUGAAGCCUACCUAUACCACUUGACAGCUCUUGUGAUUCUAUUUUCAUCCUGUUAGAAUCCUCUAUCCUUUGCCAGAGCUUUUUUUUCAGUUGCUGAAUCCAUUACCAAUAAACAGAUUUUUCUACAGCAGUGGAGUUGGAAAAAAUCUGUAAGGGAAGCAGUAAGAUGCAUUUGGUAUUUUUGCUAUAUUCAAUCCAUGAACAUAAACAAAGCUGCUCUUUUGAAACUGCUUACACUCGUUCUUGUAUUUUAUUUGAGGAUAAGAUCUUAGGUGUGGUUGCUUUGGGCCAUCAGAUACAACUUGCACAAUAUCACUUGGUCCUGGUGGAAUCUUAUUCCCUGGGAUGACCUUAUCAAGUAGGUUCCAUUUCAGCUUCUGUUCACCAUAUUACCCAGUCAUUUCCUUCCACGUCUUCAUCAUCUGGUGGUGAAUCUGAUGCUGAAUGUUCUACUUCAGAUUCUUCUGAUACCAUCUUUGUCAUUAUCUAAGGCUAUGUUUACACUACCGCGGUAAGUUGACCUAUGCAACGCAACUCCAGCUAAAUCGACCACGGGUGGAUCUAUCUCCGAGCGUUGAUCCUGACUGUAGUGUAGACAUACUAAGGUACAGAGUUCAGAGGUUAUGCUGGUAGAGCGCUCUUCUGCUGGCUUUUCCAACGUUAGGCCUAUUUCUGAAGUUGAUGGUGAGUUGUGGCAAAUUUUAGAGUAGCUGCUUUUCUUUGCAUUUUGUUUUCAGAAGUUCUGAAAUUGUCAAUGAUCACUUGAUAUUUUUUCAGUUGUAUACAGAAAUAAGGGUUUCACAGGUGGGUCCCAGGCCCCUCUUGCAAGCUACUGUUUUGGGCUAGUGGUGGGUGGGUGGAUGUAACUGCACCUGCCCCCUGCAUGUGGACUGGCCUGGGCCUGGCCCAGUACCUAAGGGAUCUGGCCAGGCUGAGAGCAGCGUCCCUCCUAGCUAACUCCUCCGGCUUCUGUUUGCUGGGGUGGGAAGAGGAAGACCGGGUGCCUCUGUCAGCGUCAUAGCAGCGCAAUUGCAGCGUCAUAGCCCUCAGGGAUAUUCCCCAAUCAAGCAGGGAUGCAGAAAUGGUAAUUAGUUGAAAUAUCACUUCAGAUGGUAUUUGUCCUAUAGGCUGUGCAUUUCAGCAGCAGUCUCCUGUCCUCUGAGGUAAGGAAGUACCUGUUUAGUGAAAUACAAACAAUCACUUCCACAGUCACACCUCGUAUAUCACAGCAGCAGAAGCGGUUUGCUCCCUUACUAUUCUAUUUCUUCAGGCAGAAGGGGUAGAAAACUAUUUUGGGGGGAGGUGCCAGCUACCCCUUGGCAUAAUCACUGGCUUCCAUUCUACAAAGUAAAUGUAACAUACUUUAAAAAGUUGUCCAGAACACUCUUGGUCAUACUAACCUUUGAUAGUUUACUCUUUUAAAAUCCUUCCCCAAAAAAAAGAGAGUAUCGGAUCUACUUUUAUGGGGAUCUACUUAUGGUGGGGCUGGUAUGGUAGCACUACCUAAAGUUGCCUAACAUUUCCCAUUAUAAGACUGUUCUGAGUUGCUUAUUUUUUGUCAAAACUUAAGCCAUUUGGGUUGAAAUUGUGUACUUCGGGCUAAAGUUUUUUGUUUUGUUUUUUUUUUUAAAUUUCAGGGCAAAACAACUCACCUGUUUGAGAACAAGGCUAAGGAAAAAUACGCUUUUCUACCAUUUCAAAAAAUUCUGAUUUACUUUUCUGAGAAACUCUAAUGCCCACAUGCUUUGGAGCAGGGACUUAAAAUUUGGCUGGUGGAUGGCUUUUGUGUCAGGGAUGUGCCUCUUACUGAUCCUCUGAAAAUCCAUCCAAACUUGGCCAAGUUAGAAGCCUUUGGGAAAACCUGUUUUACACAUCCUCAUAGAGUUCUUUAAGAUUUUAGCUGCUAAAAUUGCCAAAGAUUCUGUGCACACUGAACACGCUCCUUCUCCUGCAUGUGAUUGCCUGGCUUAGUGAACAGGAUGCUCAAUAUCUUCUUGUUCUCAUUGUUCAAUAUGUGACUCUAGGUCUUUUUUUAUUUACAGCACGUUAUUCAAACCCUUCUUCCAGUACAGAAUUAUGCCAUCGUGGGCUCUUCCAUGGUGCUCAUCAGUGAGGAAAAACCUAUAAUGGCAGAAAGCUGUAAAAGAGACCCAGUUUGGGAAUAUUUUAAUGAAGUUCCUCUACCUGUGGGUAAGACAAGAAUAAAUGCAAAGAGUGCAACAAAACAAUGCAAAGCCUGGUUGCCCGAAUGAAACAACAUCAUGAGAAGUGUUCCUUCUCAGGAGGAAGUUGCGUUGAAAGGAACACGUCUGAACAUACAGGAUCUUCAGGAGAAUCCAUCCUCAACAUACAGGAUUCUGAAGACUAUCCACCUUCAAGAUGACCAUUUUCUGUAGUUUCAGAGUUAUCUGCACUUGGACUCAGACUGUGGAAGUGAUGAUCUCUCACUUUUAACAGCUGUAGCAUCUUCUGCCAGUGUAGAAAGAAUAUUUUAUUCCUUUGGACUAAUUCAUUCCAAAUUGAGAAAUCGUUUGGGACCUGAAGAAGCAGGAAAGCUUGUUUUUCUUUUCCAGAUUAUGAGCAAACAGGAAAAUGAAGGUAAACAAGUGAGAACCAAACUGUCACAGGCCUUUAAUCACUGGCUGAAUGUUCCAGACGAUAAAAUACAGGUUAUUAUUGAAGUGACAGAGAUGUUGCACAAUGCCAGCUUACUCAUAGAUGACAUUGAAGAUAACUCAAAGCUACGACGGGGCUUUCCGGUGGCUCAUAGCAUCUAUGGAAUUCCAUCUGUAAUAAAUUCUGCUAAUUAUGUGUAUUUCCUUGGUCUGCAGAAGGUUUUAACACUUGAUCACCCAGAAGCUGUGAAAGUGUUCACUCGUCAGCUGCUGGAACUCCAUCAGGGCCAAGGUUUGGAUAUUUACUGGAGAGAUACAUACACCUGUCCUACAGAAGCAGAGUAUAAAGCCAUGGUACUGCAAAAGACAGGUGGUCUCUUUGGAUUAGCUGUGGGCCUCAUGCAGUUGUUCUCCAAUUAUAAAAGAGACUUAAAACCACUCCUUAAUACACUUGGGCUCUUCUUCCAAAUACGAGAUGACUAUGCUAAUUUACACUCCAAAGAAUAUAGUGAGAACAAGAGUUUUUGCGAAGAUUUAACUGAGGGCAAGUUCUCAUUCCCAACUAUUCAUGCUAUUUGGUCCAGACCUGAAAGCACUCAGGUGCAGAAUAUUUUGCGUCAAAGGACAGAAAAUGUAGAUAUAAAAAAAUACUGUGUACAUUACCUUGAGAAUGUAGGUUCCUUUGAGUACACUCGGCAAACGCUGCAAAAGCUUGAAUCUGAAGCAUAUAAACAGAUUGAGUCACUUGGGGGAAACCCUGAACUUGUAGCACUAGUUGAACACUUAAGCAAAAUGUUCAAAGAAAAUGAAAAUUAACUAAUUGAUUUGACUUGUGGUUUGGGGAGGGAAACUUUAAAACCAGAAUGUAUUAACUAGACUUUCGUACUAAAUCGAUGUAAAGAAAAGUGUAAAAAUGAUGCUUAUUUAAAAUUACUUAUAGAAACUGCUAUAUUAGAUAUUGUGUAAGUAGUAAUUGAAGGGUAUUUGUAUGCACCACAAAUUCUCUGCAGCUUUAAUUACAACUGCUUACAAAAUAUUGCAUAGAGAAAUAAACUUGCAUAGAUCUGUUAAGGUAAAAUUGUUAAUUUUAGUUUUUCAUGUGAAUCUUUCAGUUGUAAUCUCCACUGCACAGUCAUUGGUGUUUAUUUUAGCUAUAGAGUUUGUGUCCUCUAAGAACACUGCAGGUUUUAAUCUGGUUGAGAUAGGAUUGACUAAAUUUCCAUAUUAAAUUGAAUUUGCUCUGUUUAGGAGCUUUUGUAUUUUUUUUAAACAUGGAGAUUUAGGUAACACUUUUUUGCAAUAUAUUCCUUGUCCUUUUUAAAGUUAACAAAAAUAGGUUUUAUUAAAGUGGAAUGGAUGGAGAAGAAAGGCUCCACAAUGGUCAAUGACUUUUUCUGUACAACAAACCAAUCUAGAUGUGUCGCCACAGAGGCAGAUGUGGGGAACGAUGGUAUACUAGGCAAAUCAGUGUUGCCAAAUGGAUUUGAAAUCAUGAGUUAUUUUUAGUCUGAAUCAUUCAGAACAUUAGUUUGGCCAACAAGGGCACAGGCAUUGUCCAUUCAAGUGGCACUAACACUCUGGUCUGAUAUACCACCUUAGUACCAAUUUCUUGAUAGUCUCCUUUAGGUAAUUUAGUUAAGAAUAAGUGGAGUAUUUACUUCCUUUGUACUUGUGAUGGAAUCUCUUAAGUAUUAGAGCAGACUAGUUUGGUUAUAUCAAAUCAGAUGAUUUUCUGACUUAAAGAUAUGUCAAACCUGCACCAAUAGCCAAAAGCUCAUAUUGGAUGUUAAAGCUGGCACGCAAGUUUAAAAAAAAAUUUCAUUGGUGACAGUUUCAAAAAAACAAACAUAAAAACAGAUUAACUGCAAAUAGUAACAUAGCAAAUGGUCACCUAGUGUCUUUAGUUACCUCCGUGCUUCAGAUAUAUUGCCAAAAAUUCUCCUUGUGAUUUAAUGUCUUAAACUUUAAAUGUAAUUGAGAAAAUAUGUAUGCACACAAUCCCAUAGUUCUAAUUUCAAUUUCUGGGUGGCCGUAGGGCCACGUCUAUAUUAUAAAACAUGUCGACUCAAGUUACGUCGACAUACUGCCACCACAGUUAGUACAUCACUUGUGCACAUGUGUAGUUGGCUCCUUGUGUCGGCGGUGCACAUACUCACCAGGGGGCUUGUAUUGAUAGAGUGCAGUGUAGCUAUCCCACUGUGCAGUCCAGCACAAUGUCUUUUGGGAAGUUUUGGCAGUGAAUGAAGGGACUAAAAUAAGUCAUGCAGGGGUGACUAGGAGCAUGGGGUCAACCUCCCAGUUUGCUAAUGACUCGCAGGCUACCAUCUCUGACAGUAGCAUGGAACCUACACGGCUCUGCUCUGUUGUCAUGAGCGUUGCAAGCCCAGGGUACGCAAUCCUGGAAUAUUUGCAGAGCAACAAGAAGAACUAAAUGAGUGGGGAACAUGACUGUUCCUUGGAGGACAGAUUGCUGUGGGGCAUAGUGAGAACCAGUUCAAAGUUAUUGGCAUUAAUGGAGCAGCUGCAGAUGGUGGAGCGCCGUUUCUGGGCCCAAGAAACAAGCACUAACUUGUGGGAUCAUAAGAUUUGGGAUGAUUAGCAGUGGCUGCAGAACUUUCAGAUGUGCAAGACCACAUUCCUGGAUCUGUGCACUGAGCUUGCCCCAGCCCUCUAGCGCAAGGACACCAAAACGAGAGCUGCACUGAUGGUGGAGAAGCGAGUGGCAAUUGCACUAUGAAACUUGCUAUGCCAAAUUGAUUCCUGACUGACCGUAGCAAUUUGAAGUGAGGAAAUCCACCAUAGUGGCCCUUAAUUGCUGCCUCCUAUGCAGGACUGUGACUUUAGGCAAUGUGCAGGACAUGAUGGAUGGAUUUUCAGCAAUGGAAUUCCCAAACUGCGGUGGAGUAAUAGAUAGCAUGCAUAUCCCUAUUUUGGCACUAGAGCACCUUGCCGCUGUACAUCAACAGAGGUGGCUACUUUUCUAUGGUUAUGCAAACAUUGGUCGAUCACUGGAGAUGCUUCAUUGACAUCAGUGUGGGCUGGUCAAGGAAGGCACAUGACACUCAUUUAGGAACACAGGGUUGUUCAGAAAGCUACAAGAAGUCUCCUUUCUGACCAGUGGAUUACCACUGGGAACAUUCAAAUGCCAAUACUGAUCAUGGGUAACCCAGCCUACCCCAGGCACCUCAACAGCACCAAGGAACGGUUCAACUAUUGGCUCAGCAAGUGCAGAACAACAGAUGAAUGUGCUUUUGGCCAUUUGAAGGGUUGCUGACAUUGUUUACUUGCAAGAUGGGACCUUGGUGAGAAAAAUAUCCCAAUGAUUAUACUAUAUGCGGAGUCCUGCAUGCUAUAUGUGAAGUGAUGGGGAAAAAUUUCUACCAGAGUGGAGGGCAAAGGUGGAGUGACUGUCUCCUGAAUCUGAACAGCCAGAUACCAGCAGGGCCAGCUUUAGGACCUGCAGGGCCCGAUUCGAAUACCCGGCGGCAGUCCGGGUCUUCAGCACUUCGGCGGCGGGGGGUCCGCUCCACAUCUUCCGCGGCACUGAAGAACCCCCGCCGCCAAAAUGCCGCUGAAGACCCGGAGCGGACCCCCCGCCGCCAAAGUGCCGCUGAAGACCCGGAGCGGACCACCGCCAAGUGAAUAUGAGUAAAAAAAACUUAAGGCGCCUAAGGUGCAGGGCCCUCUUAGGCGCAGGGCCUGAUUCCGGGGAAUCGGCCUAAAGCCAGCCCUGGAUACUAGGGUCCUUAAAAGAGCUCAAUUUAGAGGUAUAUGGCUCAGAGCCUUUGAAAGACCAUUUUACCAACGAGCCAGCAUUUUGUAGUGUUCUCUACCUGGCCAUGUUUUUUGGUGGCCUGGUAGGAGUCAUGUGGUGACUGCUGUAUGUCUGUGUACCUAGUAAUUUUGUUUGUAAAUGAUCCUAUAAGUUGUGUGACACUAUGCAAUAACAGCUAAUUGAUAAUGUUCAGAACUGCUGAUCCCUUGGCAGCAUAUGUUGUGAAUUAAUAAAGAUGAAUUAUGUUCCAAA